AUGGACGACAUUAGCCUUUCGAGUAAUAAUGAGAUUGAAGUCACAACGAGCAAAUCUCCCGACGGCACUCAAUUAGUUGGUUCCCAAGCCCUUGUUGACCCGGCUAACCACAAAGUCCGAUUAGCCAUCAAGCGAGCUAAAACCCACGAUGAUUUAGGGAAUACUUGGAAAACUACUGGCAACUUACCAAUAACUAGUGGCUUGCUUGAUUCCAUUUUUGACAGACUUGACGUGGGUGGAAAUUUAAAUAUUCCUGAUAAUCCAAAAGAAAAUAUGGAAAGAAUAAAAGCGACGCAGAAAUAUUUGCGAAUUGUGCAAGAAAUUUAUGAUUUAAAUAAAUAUAGCGAAGAACUAUCAACGUACUUACACAUUGGAAAAAACAGUGCUGCUGCUGACCCGCUUAACAUUGCUUAUCAGGCAGUAAAUACAGGUCAUCAUUCAGAGCGGGCAAUUACAAAAAUUGAUCGAUUAGAAAAACUCCAAGAUAAAGAGAAAAAAGAUGAAAAAGGAGGGGAGGAAAAAUCAUCCCAAAACAAAGACCCAGAGGCAAACCAAAAUCAGAUAAAUAAAGGAAGAACAGAUGCUAAGAAAGAAUUAAACACUAUAAGAGACAGUGUCAAAGUUUCUGAACUAGAUACAGUGGAGAAAAUUGACAAUGCCAUAACGACUUUGAAAGAUUUUCCAGUUUCACGAGCCUCAGAGUUUUGGGGACAAGCUGAGACGGUUUGGAAAGAAGAUGUCCCAACCCAAAAUUUAAUUAAAGACCUCGAAAAGAAAAGAGCAGAAUUGACUGGGGAAAAGGAAAAACCAACAGAAAAACCAACAGAAAAACCAACAGAAAAACCAACAGAAAAACCAACAGAAAAACCAACAGAAGAAUCAUUAACAGAACUCCGCAAAAAAGCUCAUGAUGAAAUCGAGGCAGAGAUUACGCAAGAAGGAAUUGAUAAGAAGAAAAGAAUGCCGGGAAUUCUGGCAAAAGCCUUAGAAAUUUAUAACAUUAAAGUCGAUAAGAAUGAAGCUAAAAAUCUAACUAUCCAAGAAGCAUUAGACAAAUUAACUAAGCCCGAAGAUAUUAAGAGUUUCCAGUCAGCUGUUCGUAAAUCCAUUGAAAAAACUGCUCAAACUUCAAGAUGA